UGCCGCAUCAAGCUUCUUCAGCCGAGUUCUGCGGUGUACCCUUACCCUGCACACCCACCCGCCUAGCAGAACAUCGCCCUUGGCGCGCUUGCUUUAUCGUAGAGCUAUAAUUCCCUCCACCACGCCCCCAGGCGGCUCUUGCCACUGCUCCACCUAUUGUCUACUACUCCACCGUGUUACUGCUCGCGCACCAAAGUACAUGUUGAACCUCGCCCGCCAGACUUUGAAGAGAGUUCCUAGUUUUCAAGAGCUGCUACAGGGCAAGAUGGGAUCCGCCAAGGAAGAAAUUUCAGUUGAUGUCCUCGUCAUUGGCGCUGGGCCGACGGGUUUGGGAGCAGCAAAGCGCCUCAACCAGAUUGACGGCCCCUCAUGGCUGAUUGUAGACUCGAAUGAGACGCCUGGUGGUCUGGCUUCUACCGAUGUCACCCCAGAAGGCUUCCUCUACGAUGUUGGCGGCCAUGUCAUCUUCUCCCACUACAAGUACUUCGACGACUGCAUUGACGAGGCCCUCCCCAACGAUGACGACUGGUACACACAUCAGCGCAUCUCAUACGUCCGCUACAAGGGCCUAUGGGUCCCCUACCCUUUCCAGAACAACCUGUCCAUGUUGCCCAAGGACGACCAGGCAAGGUGCGUUGACGGCUUGAUCGACGCCGCACUCGAGGCCCGCGUGGCCAACACAAAGGCCAAGAACUUUGAUGAGUGGAUCAUGCGGCAGAUGGGUGUCGGCAUCGCCGACGUCUUCAUGAGGCCCUACAAUUACAAGGUGUGGGCUGUGCCCACCACCAAGAUGCAGUGUGAAUGGCUGGGCGAGCGUGUCGCUGCCCCCAACGUCAAGGGCGUCAUCAACAACAUCAUCCACAACAAGACCGCAGGAAACUGGGGACCCAACGCCACCUUCCGAUUCCCUGCCCGCGAUGGCACGGGCGGUAUCUGGGUCGCUGUCGCAAAGACACUACCUGAAUCCAAGACACGAUAUGGCGAGCACGCCACGGUGACCAAGGUCGAUGCUGCUGGCCACCGAGUAACCCUCAAGGACGGCACCGUAGUCAACUACAAGAAGCUCGUCAACACCAUGGCCGUCGAUUCUCUCGUCGAGUCCAUUGGUGACAAGGAGCUCAUUAGCCUCAGCAAGGAACUCUAUUUCUCAAGCACCCACGUCAUUGGCGUUGGCAUUCGCGGAGAGCGACCUGAGCGCAUUGGCGACAAGUGCUGGCUAUACUUCCCCGAGGACAACUGCCCAUUCUACCGCGCCACCAUCUUCUCCAACUACUCGCCAUACAACCAGCCGCAAAAAGACGUCAAGCUCGCCACUCAACAGCUUGCCGACGGCUCCAAGCCCAGCUCUACCGAGCCCAAGGAAGGCCCGUACUGGUCUAUCAUGCUUGAAGUCUCCGAAUCCGGCUUGAAGCCCGUAGAUGGGAAGAAUAUGCUCAGGGAUUCGAUUCAGGGUCUCAUCAACACCGAGAUGAUCAAGCCCGAUGACGAGAUCGUCACCACCUACCACCGACGCUUUGACCACGGAUACCCCACCCCCUCGCUCGAGCGUGAGGGUGCCCUCACCAAGCUUCUUCCCGCGCUCCAGGCUCAGGACAUUUGGUCGCGUGGUCGCUUUGGUUCCUGGCGUUACGAGGUUGGCAACCAGGACCAUUCGUUUAUGCUGGGUGUCGAGGCUGUCGACAACAUUGUUAAUGGCUCUGUCGAGCUCACGCUCAACUACCCUGACUUUGUCAACAGCCGCAAGAACACGGAGCGCCGCCUGGAAGAUGGUGCUCAGAUCUUUGCCAAGUCAUCUCUGUCACUGAGGAACAAGGGUGUCGAUUAGACCACAAUACACGGAGAUUAUGAACAUGUGACGGAUUGGGAAAUGUUAUGGAAUACCACGUAAUGACAUGAUUGGGAAGGACUGCUGGGAGCAGGGAGUUUGCACUUAUUUGCAUGAAGUCUUGGAGAUAGACGCAUUUCGUCAUACAUCUUCCAGAUGCUGGCGAAGAUAAUAAAGUGGCAUAUAAAUAUAGAUACUUUUACCGGU